AUGGCUACUACAAACAGCGGACAAGAAACCGAAAAGGUUAACACUAACAUUGUUACCCUCACCCGCUUCCUCACUGAGGAGCAGGCCAAGCACCCAGAGGCCACUGGUGACUUCACUCUAUUGUGUCACGCUCUCCAGUUCUCCUUCAAGUCAAUUGCCUACUACAUUCGACGCGCUACCCUAGUCAACCUUACCGGUCUGGCUGGUUCUUCCAACAUCACCGGCGACGACCAGAAGAAGCUCGAUGUCAUCUCCAAUGACCUCUUCAUUGAGGCCAUGCGCUCAUCAGGCAAGUGUGCGCUCCUCGUCUCUGAGGAGGAGGACGAGAUCAUUUACUUCAAGGAUGCUCAUGACGCUCACUACGCCGUCGCUUGCGAUCCCAUUGACGGAUCCUCCAACUUGGACGCCGGUGUCUCAGUCGGUACCAUUUUCGCUAUUCAUAAGCUCCCCGAGGGCUCCAAGGGUGUCAAGGAGGAUAUCCUCAAGCCCGGUACUGAGCUGCUCGCUGCUGGUUUCACCAUGUACGGCGCCUCUGCUCAGCUUGUCAUCACCAUGCGCGGUGGAACCGUCAACGGGUUCACUCUUGACAACGGAGUUGGCGAGUUCAUUCUGUCUCACCCCGACAUGCGCCUCCCCAAGUCGCGCGCCAUCUACUCCGCCAACGAGGGUAACUCUCUGUACUGGGAGGACAAGACCAUCAACUACUUCAACUCUCUAAAGCAAGCUCAAGAGGACGGCAAGCCCUAUAGCUCGCGAUACAUCGGUUCCAUGGUUGCCGACGCUUACCGAACUCUCCUCUACGGAGGUAUCUUUGCUUACCCCGCCGACAAGAAGAGCCCCAAGGGCAAGCUCCGUAUUCUGUACGAGUGCGCGCCCAUGGCUCUCAUCUUUGAGAAUGCCGGUGGUCAAGCUGUCGACAGCAAGAUGAACCGUAUGCUCGAGGUGGUACCCGAGCACAUCCACGACAAGGCCGGUAUCUUCAUGGGUAGCUACGACGAGGUUGAGAAGGUGAAGAAGUUCCACAACUAA